GCUCUGAAACCGAACCCCCCCCUCAACGCGGCUCCUUCCUCUGCUUUAGGAAGCGGAUCCCUCCCGCGGUUUCCUUGCAGAGGUGACUCGGGAGCUGCUCCGGGGGCCGGGUGGGUGGUGGGGGGGGUGGGCAGAGCCCUGAUGCUGCAGCCGGGGCCGGGCUCGGGGGGCUGCUCCGGAGGGGCCGGGGCUCAGCUCUGAGGCAGCGGCUCAGGCUUGAUGGGUACCAUGGACCCUAAGGCAGAGCCCGACUCGGUCACCAUCAACUUGCUGCUCACCGUCCAUCCCCAGGAGGCAGCCGGCGAGGGGCAGAGCGGCCGGAGCGCAGGUUUGCAGGAUGAUGGAAACGGGAACAGCAAAUCCCGGCCACCCCAGGGGAGGGACCUUAACGGCCAGCAGGUCCCCAGGGAGCUCUGCACCCAGACACAAACCAUCACUUCCUACUCUAACGAAGGAACCCAAGUGACAGUGAAGGUUCAUCCCAAGGACACCACCCCCCAACUCUUCAAGAAACUCUCCUUUGGCAAAGGUCCCCGGAGGCUGCCCAGCCUGGGAGGUCAGGACAACAAAGGUUUCCAGAGGACCAAAGCCCCACGGCCACCAGGAGGGGAAGACCUGCACGCCUAUCCGUGGGACAAAUCCUCUUUGAAGUCCAUGCCAGUAGAUCUGCAGCAAUUUGAGAAGCUGGAUGCCUACGCAUUAAAAGUGAACUUCAAGAGCAGUGUGGAGGAACUGGUUACAGCCCUGCUCAGACAAGCCCGGACUGAGCUGGAGAAGGUCCGAGCCAUCUGGAUGUGGAUCUGCCACCACAUAGAAUAUGACGUUGUGGGCUACCACAACAAGAGCCAGCUGUCCAGCAAGCCCAUCGAUGUGCUCCUGGCGGGGAAGAGCAUUUGUGAGGGGUACGCCGGGCUCUUCCAACAGAUGUGCAGCAUUGCAGGGAUCCAGUGCAUGAAGGUAUCAGGAUACUCCAAGGGCUAUGGGUACAAGAUGGGGCAAACCUUCACAGAGGACUCUGACCAUGCCUGGAACGCCGUCUACCUCGAUGGGAGGUGGCAUUUGCUCGACAGCACCUGGGGAAGUGGUGCUGUUGAUGAUGAUUUCACCAAGUUCACCUUCAGGUACAACGAGUUUUACUUCCUGACUCACCCGGCUCUGUUCAUUAACAAUCACUUCCCAGAUAACAGUAACUGGCAGCUCCUUAAACCAACGCUGACACUGAAGGAGUUUGAGAACAACAUGCUGCACAGAAGCAACUUCUACCUGUUGGGUCUUCUGACUGCCCAGCCAGAAACAUCCACCAUCCAGACAGUCAAUGGCAAGGCCUCGGUGGCCCUGGGCUGCCGCUCUGCCACCUUGUUCAAGUUCAAGCUGAAGGGAGCAGACGGGCAAGGCUUAAUGACUUUGAAAAAGCGCGGGAUGAAGCUGGACAUCUACCCCCAGAAGACAGGGAGUCACAAGCUGCAGAUCUUUGCCAAGCCCUCCAAAGGCUCAGAUGAUGUCUACGAGUGCGUGCUGGAAUACGUGGUGGAGUGCAAGUCUGUGGACAAGGCCACGCGCUUCCCCCGGGAGCUGCAUCAGCCUGUCGGACCAAGCUGGUUCACGGAGCGCCAGGGGUUCCUGAGGCCCUCCCACCCCGAGCCCGUCAUUCACACCAACGACGGGAGGUGCUCUGUCACCUUCACCCUGGGCAAAGACAUCAGUGUCCUGGCCUCGCUGCACGCCGACGACAGCAGCCUGACAGAGGAGCUGGGCAGGAGGCACAUCAUGCAGAUCCGCCGCGGCAACCAGAUUGAGCUGAAGAUCCACCUCCCCCACGCAGGGAACUUUGUGCUCAAAAUCUAUGCCAGGAAGAAGUCGGAUCCUGGCAACUACGACUACAUCUUCAACUACCUCCUCACUUGCCUGAACACUGAAGUGAAGUGGCCGCCUUUCCCUCAGAGUUACAGCAAGUGGCUGGAAGAGUACGAGAUCCUGGAGCCGCUCUCCGGCUUGCUGCCCGCCGACCGCAACGUGCACUUCAAACUCAAAAUGCAGGGGAUGGCCAAGGUGCUAGUUCAGGCUGAGAACACUUACCCUCUCACCCAGAACAGAGGGUACUGGGAGGGAACCUGCAACACUUCGGGGUGCAGGGAGGUGUUUGUGAUGGUGCACGAGAACGCCAACCACAGCUUCUACUCGCACGUCCUGAAAUACGAAGUUGAGACCCAGUAACACCCCCUCCUUCUUCUUUCACUCUCCUACACAACCCAACAUGUCCAACGUGCCCCAAGCCAACACAGCUUUAGCAGAUGGUUCACUCUCUCCAUCAAAUCUGCUCUUUCAGCAAAUGCAGGACAACACUUGCAGGCGUUUGAACUUCUCAAAGAAGUUCCAAGAAGCAGAAAGGGAGCAGCAGUGGCAGGAAUGAAAUACAACCCUCCCCUCUCUCUCAGCAAUAUUGUCCAGACAAUCAUCCUGAAGGAAACAACUGACUGUCUGGUCACAGGUCAGUCAGAAUCAGCAGGAAUUGCUGGUUCCCAAGUUAUGGACCAUAGGACAAGUCUUACAAUGGCUACUCUGAGAAGAGCCCAUCUAGCUAUGGGGCAGGAUGCGGAAAGUACACCCUGGUUUUGAGCAGCAAUAUUGGACACAAGGAACUUCAGGAUAUUUAAAUCAAGCUUCUGUGUAUCUUCAGUCGAGUUGCAAAAUACAUCCCAGGAGAGGAAGGACAGGGAGAAGCAGCCACAUGAAGUUUUCUUGUGCAUUUCAUUGUCUUACAGACUUCAGUGAUACUGCGAAAUGACUUUUUGCACUGACUCUUAAAACCAAUAAACAAAACCAUUUUUACCUUUUUAUAUUAGAGUAUUUGAAUUGUAAACUUUUUUUUUUCUUUUCUGCUGUAAUCACAUCUCAAGCAUAGAGGUGAUCCCACCACAAAAGCUACAGGAAAGUGGAGAACAACAUUCUCAAAAAUCACUCCCUACUCCAACUUGUCUACGCAAAACUGCAGCUGAAGAGCUGCAGGGGUUUUGUGGAAUAGCAGGACGUGUGAUGUUGUGAUCAUGUAAAAAACUAUUUGGUGCUGUACUCUUGGAAAACCCCAACACGGCUCAAGGCAGGGGUGGUCUUCUACUGAAUCUCACCACAAAUACACAUCAUCAGGUCAAACAACUUUUUCAUAAACCAUUCAGGUGUCCAGAAGUGUUAGCGUGACCUUAGAGAUAUUAUGUUUGAGCUUGAAUUGACAAUAAAUCUGUUCUGGUUUUGCA